AUGGGCGCUUGCCUUUGGUCGUACGUCUUUUUGGCUCAAAAGCCUGCCGUAGGGACCUUCCUUUUUACCUCAACUAACCCGUUUGUUUCUGAUCGUCUUUCAGCCUUCGUACUCAUGGCCAAGUACUCUCAGAACCAGUCCUGUGGCCACACCUGCCCAUGGGGCAGUGGUGAUGACCACCUGCCGCCUGAUGCUUUCACUGCGGCAGCCAUGAGGGCUGCGCGACGUCGAGAAUCUAAGGAAGUGAAGGAAGUCCAGAUGGACGCCUCUUCAAGUGAAGCCCGAGCAGAAGCAACUCAAGCAGUUGAAGCCCAAGCAGCCCAAGCAGUCAGGAGCUCUCGCAGUACAGUUUCUGAAAAGACCGGGCAAAGCACUGCGGCGCACGUUGAGAUCAAAAUGAUGGACUUAAUCCAACGGUGUCUCGACCAGAAAGUGCUUGAGAUGAGUCAGAGUGAAUCCAAGAAAGUCACGACCGCAGUUAGGAGUUCAUGUUCGAGUGCUUGUACGUCUCUAGCCGGGUCUCAGCUGGAGAUGGAAGCCAACUUGAAAUCAGUUGAGCAAGUGGAGUCCGUGACAAUGGCCGGAAAGCGUGCCCAGAUUCAAAAGCUCUCCAAUGCAUCAUUGGGGCAGUUUGAUGCUGAUGAGUCACGUCUUGCCUACCUUGAGAUGCAGAAAAGUGCGGCUGAAGCCCGCAACAAGAACCGCUCUGCCCUUUCCUUUGACUAUGAGCCUGCGCCUCGGAAGGAGGUAGGCAAAGGCAUAGCCAAAGGCAAGGAAGGGGAAAAGGAGAAGAAGGAAGGCAAGAGCAAGAAAAGCAAGAAAGAAGUACACUGUUCAGCAGAAGCCACACCAAUGGGUUAUGAGGCUCUCGAGCGCUAUCCCGCCUUGUUGCGUGAGGUGAAUGGGCUGGCAGACAAAGCAAUAACGCAAGGUCUCACAAGCAAUGGCAAGCAAAAGCAAGCGAUGAAGCUUUCAGAUGCUGCACUGGGAAAGUUUGAUGCUGAUCAGUCUCGUGUUGCUUAUCUUCAAAUGCAGAAAAGUGCAGCAGAAGCGAGAAACAAGAAUCGCUCGGCGCUUUGUUUUGGUGAAGAGAAGCAAGAGACCUCACAGUCAGACACGCAGCACAGACUUGACGGUGUGACCAUGGCUGGGAAACGUGCCCAAGCGCAGAAGCUUUCAGAUGCCUCCUUGGGGAAGUUUGAUGUUGAUCAGUCUCAGGUUGCAUACCUUGAGAUGCACAACACGGCUGCUGCAAUGCGAAACAAGAAUGGCGUUGGACAGGGCAUUUUCUGA